AAGCCAUAGCACCUCUCUGGGCCAGGUCCUUGACAUAGCUGAUCUUAAUGCUCAUCCCAUGCCCGGGAGACACGAGUUACUUUUUCCAUUUUGCGCAGGAGAUGUGAUUUGAGCGUUUAUGAUUUGCAGAACUGGGAUUCAAACCUAGAUGUGUCUCAGUGCUGGGCCAGAGCUCUGAGGCUCUGCCAGGUUCUGGGGACAGUAGCUCCAUCCAUCCCUGGAUGGAAAGAUGUGGGGUCAGAGAAACCACAGACAGGUCACUUCCUCUCACUCAGCUUUCUCCGCGUCCCACUCAGCUAGGGCAGCUUCUGCUCAUCCUCGCAAGAUCCUUAUCUGCUCCUGUGCUUGGGGAAGUUUCCCUACACCUCUCACACCACCCAGGAGAGGUUGGGGAAAGGAGUUUUCCAUGUGGUCACUGGAUGUGAGUAACUAUCUUUUCUCCCCCUGACUUCCCCGCCUCUGCACUGGGGCUGGGAAUCCCCACCCUGGUAUUCAAAAAGAAGCUCUGGGCACUGCAGGCCAGAGGAGAGCUCUUGGCUUCACCAGACUCAUUGAGACCCCUCCAGGGAGGACUGAGCUGUACGCCCCGAUAUGAAGCUCAUCACUGUGGCCCUGGUGUGCCUGCUGCUGGCUGGGAUGUGGCUACAGGAUGUGAACAGCAAGAGCAUGCAUGUGUCAUCCUCCAAUUGUUGCUUCAGAUUUACGGGGAGGAAGAUUCCCCUGCAGAAAAUCCGGUGUUACAGGAACACCAGCUCCACCUGCUCCUACAAAAACGGUCUAAUACUGAAGCUGAUUGGAGGCCAAGAGACCUGUGUCUUGGAUACAAAACUAUGGGUUCUGGCUUAUUUAAAAAGGAUAAACCUCUGCCAGUGAAAGGAAAUAUGAGCUGAUUUCUUUCCAUCCUGGACACUGGAUACCACGUGGCUUCACCUGUUCCCCUCCCCCGCCCGAACGCCCAGGCCCACACCAGUCCUUCUGCCCCCACUUUGCCGGGUCAUGCCAGAGGGUCUGCUGGGUCCUGAUAAGCUAUGUUGUUGCACUUUAUAUAUUUAAAUUCUAGAAUCUUCAACUUCCACUUCCCUGUGCCUCUUGUACGCCAUAGGGAUUUCAGGGUACAAACUUGAUUGGCAUGGAGGGACUGGGGGCAGGGGGGAGGAGGGGAGACAUACUGGACCUGGUGUCAGGGGAACUGACUUCUUGUCAAUAAAAGCCAAUAAAUGACUCACAGCUCUCUGAUGACUGCCUCUGUCCUGGGGGAUAAGCUUUGACUCGGGGUUGUGAAGUAGAUACUCAGCAGGGCUGG